AUGGGUGAAAGAAGACCAUCAUCAAUCUCGUUAACUAAAUCCCUAACCGAUUGGUGGUCGUUUCCAAAAUACUUGAAAAGUGGCAGUGACAGUUUACCAGACGAAAAUCGAAGUGAAGGAAUCGAACAAGCCAAAUUGAGGAAUCGGUUAAUUGAGUAUGAAUUGUUCAAGGCUAUUCUAUCAGACGAUAUCUACCUUCAUCCCCCAAAUAGCGAAAAUGGUAUUCCGGAGGACGCUCAAAUUACAGGAGAAUUUGUAGAUGUUGAUAUUGGAGGGGGGGUGACGAUCCAUGAAUUUUAUUUGGAAAAUAGGGUGAAAGCAGUCUCCCCCAACGAAGUAGUUGAUAUUGUGUUAAUUCAUGGAUAUAUGGCAGCUUUGGGAUAUUUCGUGAAGAAUUUCGAGCAGAUCGUUAAGGCAAAACCAGGGGUACGGUUGCAUGUUAUAGAUCUACCAGGGUUUGGGAACUCGUCUCGGCCUAAAUUUCCUACCGAAUUCUUAGUUAAGCCUUCUACAAAAAGCGAGGAGAUCGAACAGAUUUUGAACAUAGAAGAUUGGUUUAUCAAUAAGAUCGAAGAGUGGAGAAUCCACCGAAACUUGAGGCAUUUUAAAUUGAUAGGACAUUCUAUGGGUGGUUAUUUGUCUAGUUGUUAUUUAAUGAAGUACAACAACCAAUACUGUGACCUGCGAGAAGAUGACUCCAAGAUUAUUACCGAGUUCAUCAUAGUAAGUCCAAUGGGAACGGAAUCAAAUUACAUCAGUUUGAUAAAUAAUAAGCUGGAUUUCCAUGACAGUAGUGAUCCUUUAAAGGAUUUGGUUACUGUACAGACAGAGGACGAAAUUAUAGUCCACGACGAAGAGUUCAAAGAGUUGUGGGAAAAGCUAGGCAAACCAAAGUUUCCAAAACACAUUUUAUUGCAAAAACUAUGGGAGUGGAAUAAGUCCCCAUUUCAAAUGUUACAGAUUUUAGGACCAUUUUAUUCGAAGUUAUUAUCCUAUUGGUCAUUUCAACGGUUCAGGAAUUUAAGAGUUAAUGACGGUGAAAAUGAAGUUAAUGUUGAUUUAAUUCUCAAGCUCCACAAUUAUUCAUAUUCCAUUUUCAACCAGUUCCAGGGAUCUGGAGAGCUAGCAAUUACCAAGUUGAUCAAUCAUGAAAUAUUGGCCAAACUACCACUAUGUGAUAGAGGAUUCGUCAAAUACCUACAUGAUUCGGAAAUUAGGACCUUGUGGCUCUACGGUGAUAAAGAUUGGAUGAAUUUCAAAGGAGGAUAUCACAUUUUCGAGCAAUUAUCUAAGAUUAAUUCUUUGAGUUCAUUUCAAAUCAUCAAGGAUGCCGGCCAUCAUAUUUAUUUAGACAAUCCUGAAGAAUUUAACAAGUCUUGUUUAGAAUUUUUCAAUUUAAUAUAG